AUGCGAUGGGGUAUUGCCAUAUUUCUCCACUUCACGUUUACCCUUGUCGAUGCAACAAAAUGGCAAAUUGGCUCGAUUGUCAGGAUUAAACCAAUCCAAUCGUUGAACCCGACGGAAUCUCUUGUAAAAUUUGUAUUACCCCCAGGAAAUUCGGGGAAUGGCGCCGCGGAAACCCAUCCCGGUAUAAUAGUUGGCAGCCCCAUCGAUGGUAACAUCUGGCUGGUGAAUGUAAUCAGCACACACCCUUGCCCGGAUCUGAAUCCUCAUAUAAACGCUGCAUUUAUAAAUCCGAUGUUCAAACCAACCUCUGCUGUGAUAACCCGUCCGCCAAUGAAGUUUCCCGGCGCUCGUCUAGCUUUCUGGAAUCGCCGAAAGUUCCCUCCAGUCGACAUCACUGUCGUUAACAUUAUCAAGAAAGCUACGCAAGAUUUUGUUACCUUCAAGACCACAGGACAAAAGCCACCCGGCUCCCUUUUCACCGGCAAUGGGUUGGAAAUGAAGCACGACAAGCAACCAACACCACCUCCCUCACCAGGUGGAAGUUCGGCAAAGCAAAAGCACGAAGACGACAACACGGAUGACAGAGAUCCAAAGCGACAAAAGAAGGAAGCAGACAAAGGUCCUGGAAGCGCCCGGAAUUCCGGGGGAACACCAUCAACGAGCAAGCUACAGUCUGGUCCUCCGCACAAAAAACGCUCCGAGUAG